CUGGCGGCACACGCUCCCCGGAGGAACUUGACGAGAGCCCAUCUGCGUGUGUGUGAGACUGUGAGCUCAGGAUUUCUGUCAAUGCAUUCCAGUAACCCCAAAGUGAGGAACUCCCCGUCAGGCAACACACAGAGUAGCCCCAAAUCAAAGCAGGAGGUGAUGGUCCGUCCCCCUACAGUGAUGUCCCCGUCUGGCAACCCUCAGCUGGAUUCCAAAUUUUCCAACCAAGGCAAACAAGGGGGCUCCACCAGCCAAUCCCAGCCCUCUCCCUGUGACCCCAAAAGUGGAGGUCACACCCCCAAAGUGCUCCCGGGCCCGGGUGGGAGUAUGGGGCUGAAGAAUGGGGCUGGAAAUGGUGCCAAGGGGAAGGGGAAGAGAGAGAGGAGCAUUUCAGCAGACUCCUUUGAACAGAGGGAAGCUGGGACUCCCAAUGAUGACCCAGAAAUCAAAGACUGCAAUUCUGCUGAUCAUGUGAAGUCCCAGGAGUCUCAGCACACACCACACUCCAUGACUCCUUCAAAUGCUUCAGCCCCAAGGUCUUCCACACCUUCCCAUGGUCUAACUGCCACUUUGGAGCCAGCAAGUGGGCAGAAGACUCCAUCCAAAGUGGUUUACGUCUUUUCUACUGAGAUGGCCAACAAGGCUGCAGAAGCUGUGCUGAAGGGACAGGUGGAAACCAUCGUGUCCUUUCAUAUCCAGAACAUCUCAAACAGCAAGGCGGAACGAAACACUGUACCCUUGAAUCCUCAGAUCACUGCACUUCGGACUGAACCCAAGGCCCUGCCACAGCCCCAGCCCCCCGCUGCCCAGGACCAGAACCCUCCCCAGAACGCCAAAAUGCAGCCGACCCCGCCCGUGUCAGCGCCAGUAUCCAAACCCACCGGCCCCCCAUGUCCCAUAGAUCAGGACAGUCCCAGUGUGGAAAGCAAAGUGAUGUCUGUGGGCAGCCCUGCCAACUCUACCCCAUUGCAGACAGAAGGAUUUGGGCAGAGUUCAACCCCCAAUAAUCGAGCGGUUAGCCCAGUUUCCCAAGGUAGCAAUAGCUCUGCUGCAGACCCCAAAGGCCCUCCCCAGCAGGGGUCUGGUGGGGACCCAUCCAGCUUGGGUGAGAACCCCGAUGGACUGUCCCAGGAGCAGCUGGAGCACCGAGAGCGCUCGUUGCAGACCCUGCGGGACAUCCAGCGCAUGCUCUUCCCUGAUGAGAAGGAGUUUGCAGGAGGGCAGAGUGGGGGGCCACCCCCAAAUGCUGGGGUGCUGGAUGGUCCCCAAAAGAAACCCGAAGGGCCGAUACAGGCUAUGAUGGCUCAAUCCCAAAGUUUAGGCAAAGGGUCGGGGUCUCGGACAGAUGGAGGGGCUCCGUUUGGCCCUCAAGGACACAGGGACAUGCCUUUUUCCCCAGAUGAAAUGGGGCCACCACCAAUGAACUCCCAGUCAGGAGCCAUAGGCCCAGACCACCUGGACCACAUGACUCCUGAGCAGGUGGCCUGGCUCAAGCUGCAGCAGGAGUUUUACGAGGAGAAGAGAAGGAAGCAAGAGCAGGUGGUUGUGCAGCAGUGUUCCCUGCAGGACAUGAUGGUCCACCAGCACGGGCCUCGUGGCAUGGUCCGAGGUCCUCCCCCUCCCUACCAGAUGACCCCUGGUGAGGGCUGGGGACCUGGGGGUCCGGAGCCCUUCCCUGAAGGCAUGAACAUGUCCCACUCUCUGCCCCCCAGGGGCAUGGCCCCUCAUCCCAACGUGCCCGGGAGCCAGAUGCGCCUGCCUGGUUUUGCAGGAAUGAUGAACCCUGACAUGGAAGGCCCCAAUGUCCCGAAUCCUGCCUCACGGCCCGGGCUUUCGGGAGUUAGUUGGCCAGAUGAUGUGCCAAAAAUCCCAGAUGGGCGAAACUUCCCUCCUGGUCAGGGUGUCUUCAGUGGCCCUGGCCGAGGGGAGCGAUUCCCCAAUCCGCAGGGUCUGCCUGAAGAGCUCUAUCAGCAGCAGCUGGCUGAGAAACAGAUGGGCCUCCCUCCUGGUCUGAACAUGGAAGGCAUCAGGCCCGGCAUGGAGAUCAACAGAAUGAUGCCCUCCCAGAGACACAUGGAGCCUGGGAACAACCCCAUCUUCCCUCGCAUGCCGGUAGAAGGACCGAUGAGCCCAUCUAGGGGGGACUUCCCAAAAGGAAUGCCCCCACAAAUGGCUUCUAGCAGGGAGCUGGAGUUUGGGAUGGGCCCUGGCAGCAUGAAGGGGGACAUGGGCAUGAAUGUCAGCAUGGGCUCCAACCCACCCCUGGUCCCUCAGAAGCUGAGGGAGGCAGGAGUCGGGCCGGAAGAGAUGAUGAAGCUGCGCCCCGGCGUGUCGGAGAUGCUCUCCUCUCAGCAGAAGAUGGUGCCGCUGCCAUUUGGGGAGCACCCGCAGCAGGAGUAUGGCAUGGGUCCCAGGCCUUUCCUUCCCAUGUCUCAGGGCCCGGGAGUCGGUCUGCGGAAUCUCAGAGAACAGAUGGGGCCUGACCAAAGGACUAACAACCGGCUCAGCCACAUGCCGCCACUACCUCUCAAUCCCACCAGUAACCCGAAUAGCCUCAACACUGCUCCCCCUGCACAGCGCAGCCUCGGCCGCAAGCCCUUGGAUAUCUCUGCGGCUGGCCAGGUGCAUUCGCCAGGCAUCAACCCCCUCAAGUCCCCCACCAUGCGCCAGGUCCAGUCUCCCAUGAUGGGGUCUCCCUCGGGGAACCUCAAGUCCCCUCAGACGCCCUCCCAGCUGGCAGGAAUGCUCACGGGCCCCACUGCCGCAGCUGCUGCUGCCUCCAUUAAAUCCCCCCCUGUCUUGGGGUCUGCUGCUGCUUCUCCUGUCCACCUCAAGUCUCCGUCUCUCCCCGCACCUUCUCCUGGAUGGACUUCAUCUCCAAAGCCUCCUUUGCAGAGCCCUGGCAUUCCCCCGAACCACAAGGCGUCUCUAACCAUGUCAUCUCCAGCCAUGCUGGGGAACGUGGAGUCGGGUGGUCCACCUCCUUCCACAGUCAGCCAGUCUGCUCCUGCGACUCUCCCUGGAAAUCUUCCCUCUAGCAGUCCUUACACAAUGCCUCCAGAGCCAACCCUGUCCCAGAAUCCCCUCUCCAUUAUGAUGUCCAGGAUGUCCAAAUUUGCCAUGCCCAGCUCUACACCGCUCUAUCAUGAUGCCAUCAAAACUGUGGCCAGCUCGGAUGACGACUCCCCUCCAGCGCGCUCCCCAAACUUGCCACCUAUGAACAGCGUACCAGGAAUGGGCAUUAAUUCUCAGAAUCCUCGAAUUUCAGGUCCAAACCCAGUGGGUCCAAUGCCAACCCUUAGCCCAAUGGGAAUGACCCAGCCUCUUUCCCAUAACAACCAGAUGCCCUCUCCAAAUGCGAUGGGACCCAAUAUACCUCCUCACGGGGUCCCCGUGGGACCCGGCCUGAUGUCACACAACCCAAUGAUGGGGCAUGGUUCCCAGGAGUCUCCAAUGGUACCUCAAGGACGCCUGGGCUUCCCGCAGGGGUUCCCUCCCGUACAGUCCCCUCCACAGCAGGUGCCAUUUCCACACAAUGGGCCCAGCGGUGGACAGGGCAACUUCCCAGCAGGAAUGGGCUUCCACGGAGAAGGACCUCUGGGGCGUCCUACCAACCUGCCCCAAAGUUCGACAGAUCCAGCACUUUGCAAGACUGGAGGCCCUGGCGGUCCAGACUCCUUCACUGUUCUCGGAAACAACAUGCCUUCGGUUUUCACCGAUCCAGAGCUGCAGGAGGUGAUCCGUCCCGGAGCCACGGGAAUACCCGAGUUUGACCUGUCCAGGAUUAUCCCGUCGGAGAAGCCCAGCCAGACACUACAGUAUUUCCCUCGUGGGGAGGUGCCGGGCCGCAAGCAGCCGCAGGGUCCCGGGCCCGGCUUCUCCCACAUGCAGGGGAUGAUAGGAGAGCAGACCCCGAGGAUGGGACUAACAUUGCCCGGCAUGGGGGGCCCCGGGCCGGUGGGAACUCCAGAUAUCCCCCUGGGCACGGCUCCGUCCAUGCCCGGUCACAACCCGAUGAGGCCGCCGGCCUUCCUGCAGCAGGGCAUGAUGGGGCCGCACCACCGCAUGAUGUCACCAGCACAGCCCGCCAUGCCCGGCCAGCCCGCGCUCAUGAGCAACCCCGUGGCCGCCGUGGGCAUGAUCCCGGGCAAGGACCGCGCCCCCGCCGGCCUCUACAGCCACCCGGGCCCCGUGGGCUCGCCCGGCAUGAUGAUGUCGAUGCAGGGCAUGAUGGGACCCCAACAAAACAUCAUGAUUCCCCCCCAGAUGAGGCCCCGAGGUAUGGCUGCUGAUGUUGGCAUGGGAGGAUUUAGCCAAGGCCCUGGAAACCCAGGGAACAUGAUGUUUUAAGCUGCUACCAUAAGACUGGAUGUUCUGAUCCUUGUCAAGAUGAGAUUCCAAGUCCUGAGGGCUUUUUUGGGAGCUUCAGGAGUACAGUUUGGCCAUGCAAUAGGUGAAAAGAGACCAGAGGAUGCUUUGGGAAAUCUCGAAUGUAUGGAAUUACCUGAAAAAAAAAAUAUUCAUUUUAACAGGUUGUUUUUUUUUUAAGAUUUAUUUUUUAAAAAUUAUUUUUGUGGACUUGGGUAUCCCGUGACGGCACCUGCUUUGAGAAUCUGUAGCUGUAUUUUGAGAAUUGCCAUUUGUCACAAGUUGCACCAUUCUCUGUAUGUUUACGUCCUUCGGACUGGUUUCUCCCAGGACUCUCGGUUAUUUUUGGGGUUUUUUGUGUACUGUACUAUAUUGUAAAAGGGAUUUUAGCAGAGACUUUAGUCUUUGGGGUGAGAGGAGAAUGGGAUUCUAGGCUGUUUACUUUAGGUGGAGAAUCCAUCUUCAGAACUUCGGACUAUUUUCCUUCAACUCCAAUGUAUAGAAAAACCAAACUACGACCUCAGAGCAGAGUAUUAAUGAAAAGCACAAAAAGGAACUUAAGUUCAGUGAGGGGAAUCUUUUAAAAGAAAUAAAUAAUAAGUUAAGGACAUAUUUUUCAAAUUAUGGCGUGCUGUCCAGCACCUUCUGUCUCUCCCUCCCACUCUUUAUUAAAUAGGCUUCUCUCUCUCUCCGUCCCCUUCUGUCUCCUCCUAUGGCAGCUGCAAUACGUUGUGUUAUUUUGGGGAGUAAAUCUAGGAGAGCCUCUCCUCACGUGGGGACUCUUCCCACUUUUAGGAAGGGGCUGGACUUGGACACUGUUACAUCCUACAGUAGUCUCUCUCACUGUUUCCUAUUCUCCUUUUCUUAGAAACCCCAAGUGAUUUUAUUAAUGUGGGAGUGGAACAGACACUAAAAGUUAUCCAGGAUUUUUUUUUGUGGUUAUUUUUUUUUCCUCCCCAGCGUAAAACGUUCUGUGUAACCUCCAUUAAAUUUGGUACAAAACCACUCGCCAGGGCUGUGGUGUCAGAAAAAUAAAAUAUAUUGUUUCUUACAAAAA